CCGGCCUCUCUUCUCUUCUGGGGCGGGGAAGGAGCGGGAGACACGGCGGCGCCCGGCUGGCGCUUGAAAUACAGUCCCGGCGCCUGCAUCAUGGAGCCUCGCCAUCGCCAUCCCCGCAGAGGCAGCCAGGGGCAGCAUUAAGAAACAGCUUCUCCCAUUGAACUGCUGCCAUACAUUUUAAACAGAAGAUGAACAGCGUAAAUGCAUUUUAUUCUUCUGGUCAAGAAGACCUGACCUGGCUGAUGGAUUUAUUGAAAAAAUGGAUGCAGCCAAACAAUUACCUGGACUAUUCCUCAGACUAUAUAAUAUACAUCUUUUGGGUGUUAACACCAUUUGUACUUUUGUUCACACCUGUUUUAGUAGUUCUUGCCUGCAUUUACCUUUCAAAUCUUAUCCUGCAUAUUUACAAGAUAAAGAUGAACUUAAAGGGGGAUUAUCUCAGCAAAUCAUGGGACAGCGGAAGGAGGUCAGUGGCUUCCAUCUGGGACAUGUAUGGCAAAGUGUGGCAUGGUUAUGAGGUACACGGCAUGGAUAAACUACCAGAAGGACCAGGACUUGUUGUAUUUUACCAUGGAGCCUUUCCUCUAGACUACUACUAUUUUGUAUCUAGACUCUAUUUACAGACAGGCAGAUUCUGCCACACAGUGGUUGAUUACAAUUUUUCCAAAAUACUAGGUAUAAAGCUGUUUUAUGAUGUACAGGGUCUUACGCAAGAUGGACGAGUGGAAUGUGUUGAAAUUCUGAAAAAGGGUUACUUACUAGGAGUCUUACCGGGUGGAUCUCGAGAAGCACUCUUUAGUGAUGAGAACUAUGGUCUCUUAUGGGGUAGACGCAGAGGUUUUGCUCAUGUGGCCAGAGAUGCAAAAGUGCCUGUCAUCCCUAUAUUUACAAAAAAUCUACGGGAAGGAUACAGAACACUUGGAAAAAUAUGGCCAUUCAAAUGGCUAUAUGAACGUACCCGAUGGCCCAUUGUUCCUGUAUAUGGAGGAUUUCCAGUCAAAUUUUGUACAUAUGUAGGAGAUCCCAUUCCUUAUGAUCCAAAUAUAACAGCUGAAGAACUAGCUGAAAAGACAAAGGCUGCAAUCAAAGAGCUCAGAGAUAUGCACCAGAAAGUACCAGGCAACAUACGAAGAGCUCUUUUGGAACGGUUUGGUAAACAUCCCGUUGAUUAAUACCUUGAAACAAAAGUUUCUUGAGCUAAUUUUUACCACCUCUAGAAAAAGUAGACUCAGUAGUUUGUUUGCACUUUAAAAAAAUUAUACAUAGCUACUUCAGAAGCACUUAUAUAAAUAGUCUCCUCAUCACUCAACCCUGUUCUUAAUGUAUGGACAAAAAUGUGACUAGACUCACUGUGAGGGAGUGUCACCAAAGCUGAAAAAUUUAAUUUGAGUAUUAAUUAUGCUGUUCUGUUCUAUAUUAAUUAGAUGUCUUCUGUAUUUAUUACUCUUCUAUUCUAUAACUAAGCUUUUAUUGCUUAUAUUACCUUCCCUCUUUGGUGAUGCAACAUGGUAUUGUAGUGAUGACAUCUUUCACCUCCAGACAAGAUACUGAAGCACACAGAUAUUGGCCCACUCCAAGAGUUUUUGGACAAAACUGAUUUUUGAGUUCAAUUUCAAUUAAGAUGGAGACUUGGUUGCUCUGCAGUGUACAGAUGAAUAAAUCAGGCUGAAUCAAUGUACUUGAUCUCAGUGAGGCAGACUGUCCUGACACACUGAAACAGCCUCUUGAAAAUUCAGUUAACUUAGAGCCUCUACAGACAAGGCCAGCCUGUGGGCGGAGUCAUGGCGGAGUGGCCAUACACUCGAUGCCGUGACUCCUCCUCAGGGCACCAUUUUUCCAUGUGCUCAUUUACAUGGCAUGCACCAUGAUGAUGCCACUCUGGUGCUGCAUCUACAUGAUGCAGCGCCAAAAGUGUGUCAUCACUCUGCACCAUGGCAGAUACGGCAUCCUUUAGAAGGUGCAAGAAGGAGCUGCAUUUUGCCAUUUCUUUUUGCGUCCUCCGAAGGCUGGAUUGGGAUUAUGGUGUGAGGCAGCUGAGGCCCCAAUCUGAGGGGCUGCAGACCACACCAAAGGGGCGGCCUAUAUAGCCCCUUAGUGAGGCUGCCCACAUAGAGGAUAGGUAACAUGUACCUUGAACCCUAAAUGCUAUAAACUUUAAAGGCACCAGACCCUGUUUGAUCUUAGAAGCUAAGCAGCAUUAGCCCUGAUUAGGGCUGAUCCAUUUAUACCAUCAAUGAAUACCAGGUGCCAUAGGCUGUACUUCAGAUGAAAGAAUCAGUAAACCACCCCUGAGAUUUCCUUGCCUAAGAAGACCCUGUGAAAUUCAUUGGGUUGCCAGAGGUUGACAGACAACCUGAAGGCACAUAUACACAUAACAUGUACCUUGGUUGUUUUUGUUUGUGCCUAGAUAGCCACUUCCAGUGAUGGUGCUGGGGAAAUCUCUGAUCAGAUCCAUGAUUUCUAUGCUUCAAGAUUCCUCAGGUUUCCACUGUAUCUCCCAUACUGUUUAGCACCAUAUGUAUGAUAUCAUCUGAGAAUUCAGAAUGCAGUGCCACAAAAUGCAGGUGAUGGACAACUCUGUUUCUUUGCCAGCUAAUUCAGAUGAGACCCUGGAGGCAUUUGAUCAAAAUCUAGCUGUGUUAUGGAUUGGAUGAAGGCCAAUAAACUGGUGCUCACUUCAGUCAAGACUGACUGAAUGCAGACUGAAUACAGACUGACCCAUUGGAUUGUUAAUGGGUGUUUCCUCUGCCCCAGUCAGUUGUGUUUAACUUUCUACGGCGGGGCUGCACUCCCCCAUUUUUAAAAUUUAUUAGAUGUAUAUCCCUCUUUUCUCCCAAAAAUGGGACCCAAGGCAGCUCAGAAUAAUAUUAAAUAAAAGAAGAAUAUGAAAGGACCAUGUUGUAGCUUGGGGAUGUUCCGUUUUUCCCCUUUAUUGACUGACUGCAUUGUGAAUACACAGUGCCUAAUAUUCACUGGCUCCUGGUAUGCUUUUGCCCUUUAAAGCCUUUCACAACUCAGGGUUGUGGUAUCUGAAGGAUUACUUUUUUCACUCCAUGCCCUGAGAAAUACAGCUUUUCUAGUAUGUUAGCCAGUAGUGAGCCAUCCCUAGAGAGGUAUGUUUGCCACCUGUGUAAAUAUCUGUCCUACACUGGACAAAGAUCUUUUUAUUAUGUUAGGCAUUUUAAUUUAUGUUAUAGUUUUAUAUCAUGUAGAUUUUAUCAAUUUGAGUUCAGUUUUAAACUGAUUUGUUAAUGCUGGUUUUCUUUUCCUCUGUUGCCUGUUUUGAAAAUGAGUUGUGGUUUUAUACUGGUAUUGUACUUUGCUGUUUUAUUGUAAUUUAUUGUGUUUUACUCCCUCUAAGCAAAUGAAUUAACUUUUAUUACAAGAAACCCUGUAAAUUAUAUAUAUGCAUAAACAAACAAA